UUAAUAAUGAGUAUGAAAUUAAUAACUUCGCUCCCAAUUGCACUAAUCUUAUUGGCUUGAGCUGCUGCAACAGAUACUACCAACCUCAUCACUGGCUCUGGAGCUGAUGCUGGGAUGUCAAUUGAUCUGUUGGUAACAGAGAAUUCCAAUGACAAUAUGACCAUUAAGCUUCAAUUUGGCUUCCCAGCUUCAAUGAUGACAGCAUACAAAUACCAUAACUUGCAAUGUGUUGAUGUUGGAGUUUCGACUUUUAGUCUCACCACAGAUGCAACUGAUUUACCUGUCUUUGCUACAGUACUCAGAUGAGGUAGCGGUUGUGCUAAUCCCACCCAAAUGUCGUACUUUAAAUACUACACAUAUUUAGCAACAUAUACAUCUUCGACAGGAGUAUUUAGUACAUCAUCAGCUUCAGAAGGCAACCCUAUAUCCGGGACGGCUCCAGAUGAUACCGAUUCUUCAGUUGCUUCAGACCUAAAAUCUAUAUACAACAUUGCUACAGAGGUUAAUGGGGAUACGCUAGCUAGUACAUACAAGCUUCCAAAUUCAGCAACUACUGCUUACCUCAAAUGCUUUAGUAAACUCGAUUAUACCGGAGUUUUCAGAGAUUCUGCAAAUAUAUAGCUAGCGAUCUUGAUGAGUACCCAAAAGAUGUGACAUUAGUUAUGCCAGGCACUAUCUCAACUCCAACUCCAACUCCAAGCUCAAGCUCAAGCUCAGAUUCUAAUCCAGACACUUCCACAUCAUCAGCCAAGAAGUUGCUAAUUUUGCCUAUCUUAGCACUUGGGCUGCUAACCCAGAUGACUUAAAAUCUAAUUAUUUCUG